AUGUCGUCCCUGGGCUUGGCCGAUCUUCUCGCCGGCCCCAGCGCCCGCGGGCUCCCGGCCGUCCUCCGAAAUCUUACACUAAGCCAUCUCAACGUCGAAAAUAGCUGCCCAACAGCUUCACGGGUGCUCGCUGGUAACCAACAUGCCAUAUCCAACGCAUCUGUGCAUGGGUAUCUCCCCGCCUUGCCAUUCAUGGACGUCUUCUCGCUCCUACAGGACUGCGCCCCGACAGCAGUGGAUGUCUCGAACUUCACAUAUGGCCAAGCAAUCAACUGGUUCGUUUAUCAACAUACGUCAGAUCCGAAUGGCACCUUGUCGUUACUGGAAGACUUGAGGAACUCGACAGAGUGUCAUAUCGACUUUUGCAACAACCUGCAAUGGGAAGGUAAUCCUGAUCUGUCAGGCAUCGGUGUCUACAUCGUCUAUAUCCUUCAGAUAGCCGUCACAGCCAUUUUCCUCAUCGCCCACAUUGUCUUUUACAUCCAAGAUCGACUCUAUUCGCGACGACAUCCCGAAAGGGCUGGCAAGCCACCUCCAUCCACCAUUCGCAAAGCGGUCGACCAGUGCCUUGAAGCCUUUUGGAUAUCGACGUACAUCUUCACGUUCGCCCUGGAUAUCGCCUCUUUGUCUCUAAAUGUUGUCAACAAGGGGCCGGGUUCCGUUUACUCGGGUUACUUUAGCUUCUUGGGUGUAUUGAUCUCCGUUGCGGCCCUCAUCUGCCUUUACCCCUGGUUCCCCGGCCGGCGAAAGUACCCAGUUCUCACCUUUGUGAGCAUCUUUAUUCUCUUCAUCUUUAUGGCGAUUACCAGCUUCACCUUCUUCACUUUGGAAGAUGAGCUAUCUUAUUUUGAGGAGUUCUGCCUGAGGAAGUAUUGUCGGUCUACCCACCAGAUCGAACAUCUUCUCAAGGUUACCCCUUGGGUUGUAGCAGCAAUAACUGUCUUCUGGGGCAUUGUCAUAUGGUUCAUCCACGUACUACGGGAACGGGACUCGCACAUACUGAACGACUACAAGGUUGCUUCGGUCAUCCAUACACUGGGGGCCUUGCUCGUCACGGCAAGUUUUGGCGUGAUGUGUACUGCGCUUUUCUAUUUUCUCCAUCUUCGGACGCGCACCGCUGAACUGGCCGGAGAUUCGUAUUCCGAGAAUGAGUGGGGUUUUGGACAGAUCUUGGCCUUGGUUGCCAUGAUGCCGCUGUUUGUACAGUUCUUUGCCAUAUGCUUAGUCAACAUCUUGGAACGCUAUAGGUUCCAACACCCCAAGUGGCAUAAGCUCGUCAGUCCCACCAAUCAGUCCGAGAAACGAAGAACCUGGCCAAUCCGAUCCCCGUCCGAAUCCUCUGAUACAUUUUCCAUGCUGAAACGGCCGACCCUACCAACAGUGGAUGAAAAGUACGAAGAGGACUACGAAGGGGACAUUGCUGCCGAGCCCAGAACUAUCGAACAGAUGGACAUGAUGUACAUGGGGGAUGAUAAGCUGAGGGCCAUGAUGUAUGGUCGGGAUAUGGUGUAG